CCCCCACUUCCUCCCUACUCCUACCCUAGACCUCCAUUUUGGUGCCUGCAGAGCCCUGGGAAGGAAUUCUGGGAAGGAAAAAAUGGUGGGCUUUGGGGGAGGGAGAUAAGAUGAGAGAACUGGAGGGAGGGGCUCGAAUUGACGGCCUCCUGGAGGGCGCAUGGGGUCCAUGAAUAUUCAAAGGUAGAAGAAAUUAAAUUUUAAGAAUUUAAAUCAAGGCUGUGAAUCCUGCUGGUCAGUGCACCAAGCAUUCAGUCUCUCUCCUUGCCUUUGUCUUACUUGUAUUCAAAGAAUAACAACAAGAACAAAAAAAUUUCAUCAUGGCAAAUAUUCACCAGGAAAACGAAGAAAUGGAGCAGCCCAUGCAGAAUGGAGAGGAAGACCGUCCUUUGGGAGGAGGCGAAGGCCACCAGCCUGCAGGAAAUAAUAGACGGGGACAGGCUCGUCGACUUGCCCCUAAUUUUCGAUGGGCCAUACCCAAUAGGCAGGUCAAUGAUGGGAUGGGUGGAGAUGGAGAUGAUAUGGAAAUGUUCAUGGAGGAGAUGAGAGAAAUCAGGAGAAAACUUAGGGAGCUGCAGUUGAGGAAUUGUCUGCGUAUCCUCAUGGGGGAGCUCUCUAAUCACCAUGACCAUCAUGAUGAAUUUUGCCUUAUGCCUUGAUACCUGCCAUUUUCCAUGAGAUUAAUACUGUGAUUCCCACUGUUUUCUUUUUCCUUGCAUUUUCCUGAUAUGCCUUUACUGAUCCGUUUGCUGUGAACCUUUUGUUAUGUCCAUGUGUCAGAUGGGUCUUGUGUUGCCAGCUUCUAAUUGAAGAUUGCCUUUGCACCCAGUCUAAAUUUCUGUCAGCUGUAGAGUUUCACCCAUUUGCAUGGAAAAAUAUAAAGUUAAUAAAGCAAUUAAAAAGCAA